AUGGCUGCUUCAAUCGCCCCCGAGUGCAACGAGAUCAAAGAGUACGCCCAUCGCCUCUCGGAUUCUACGCGGCCACAACCACUGACAUGGCAUGGAUAUAGGAAAUAUGACACCUGUUUCCUCAAGUGGUACAGUGAGAAAUAUCUGCGUGGCAACACCACCUCGAAUGACUGCGAGGCACUCUUCACCAAGUACAAGUCGUGUCUAAACAAAAUCCUCAAGGAAAAGGGCAUUGACUCGAUGCUAGACGAUGCCCGCAAGAGCAGCAGUGAGACUGACGCAGAGUUUCUGAGGAAGUCUUGA